GUCCCUUCCACCGACUCAUGCAUGUGCUCGCUCGCUCUCAAAUAAAUAAAAUCUUAAAAAAAAAAGACUUCUAGACUUGUCUCCCCUUCCCUAAGAUGAACCCACUACUCCAUUGAAAUUGAACUAUUUACCGUUCCCCAAACCCCUUCCGUGCUGUUCUCAUGAGAUCCCCCACCCUUACCCCAUCUCCAGAGAAAAGCAGAGUCAGGGAAAACAGUUAGAAAGCUGUUGCAGUAAUCCAGGUGUGGGCUGAUGCCACCAGGGAGAGGUAGUGAGUGUGAGAAUGCAGAGGAUGGCUGAUGGCAGCAGAUCUUCCUGAUUGGACACAGGGUUUGAAAGAAAGAGAUGAGUCAAAGGUAACUCAUUUUAGGCUUGAGGCAGCAAAAACAAUUCCUUCUCCAUAACUGCUUAUUCCUCAUCCUUGCAGUUGUUGGAGGUUCGUAUUUAUUUCCUACUGCCUGUGUAACCUGGGACCACAUAUAAUUAAUGAUUUCUCUAUACUUUAGGUCACUAGUAUAUAUUUAUUUAAAAUAAUACAGGUAGAGCAAAAUACUUGGGAGCUAGAAGGCUUCAAGACACACUCUAAAAUAUUGUUGUGGGAUUAAAAAUGCCGCAUUUCACAUAACCUAUGUGCAUUUAAUAGAACGUUUCAUUUCCUUAUUAGUGUGGUUUGGAAUAUAAGGCUUAUGAGACUAUCUUGUGAAAACCAAAGUGAGAAAUUCGGCUGGGUCCAGUAACAGCUGGAGCCAGGCACCUCAGUGAGCUCAGGGCUUGGAUUUCUCUAGCUCCAUUCUCUCCUUAGGUGUGGUCUGCUUUCUUCUCAGUCACUCAGGUCACCUGCCUCCUCUACCCAUUCCAUCUGACACCAGGUCUGAGACCACCAGGCUUCGCAGUUUGAGAAAUCUGGGAAUCAGUACCCAGGAAUGACUAGAAUCAGAGGGUUUGGCCGUUAAACUAGGUGCCUGUCAUUGCUAGCUACAACCUGGGGCAAGUGAGUUAACCUACUGCACCUCAGUCUCUUCAACUGUAAAAUGAGAAUAAUCUUAGUACUAUCCCCAUAGGGCUAUUUUCAGGAUUAAAUGAGUUAAUAUAUAUGAGUUUAGAUUGGUGCCUGGCAUUUGGUAAGUGCUCAGUGAAUGUUAACUAUUAACCAAGCUUGGGUUAAAUUUGGAAGAACAAAACCCUUGCUCUCUUUUGCUUUAGCCAACAGGGGUCAGUACACAGCAAUCUACAGCUAAAUAAAAUGCUUAAGGGACGUAAAAAAAAAAGAUUUUCAGUGUUUGAGGAAACAUCAGUGCUUCAGAAAAUUUUUGUAAAAUGGUGUUAAGAAAAAUCAGUCACCAUAAAAUUAAGCAAUGAGUGAGAAACAUAGGAAGAGAAAAAAGGUGAAAAUAAUGAAAUAAUACAUUUAGAAUGUCUAAAAGCAAUUUAAAAUGCAGAAGGCCAUUUUCAGUGGGAAUACCAAAGCAGAGGCCUUGGGAAUUCAUGACCCAGUGGAACACUACUGCCAACAAGAGCAGCUUCCUCACUGAAGUAACCAAGAGGAAACCGAUGAGAGGUGCCCAACCUUACGUGGCCAGUAAAUGGCAGCGUCGGGAUUUGAACCUGGCACGCUACUUCCUCCGGGAAGGGAGCCCCACACCUUCGGAGGGGCUUCUUCACGAUUAUAAGCUUGACUUUGGCAAUUCCCAAGGCAAAACAAGUGAAACUUGGCAUGGAGGUAUAGCCACCAUUUUUCAAAGUCCUGGCGAUGAAGUAUGGGGAGUAGUAUGGAAAAUGAACAAAAGCAAUUUGAGUUCUCUGGAUGAGCAAGAAGGGGUUAAAAGUGGAACAUAUGUCCCAAUAGAAGUUAAUGUUUAUACUCAAGAAGGAAAAAUAACCUGUCGAAGUUAUCAGAUGAAAAAUUAUGAGAGUGCACCCCCAUCUCCCCAAUAUAAAAAGGUCAUUUGCCUAGGUGCAAAAGAAAAUGGUUUGCCACUGGAGUAUCAAAAGAAGUUAAAUGCAAUAGAACCAAAUGACUACAAAGGAGAAGUCUCAGAAGAAAUUGAAGACAUUAUCAGAAAGGGAGAAACAAAAGCUCAUUAGAACAUAAUAGUAUUUUGGUUAGAAAUCUCAAUUAUAAUAGAAAAUACAGAUA